CGCACGUCUCCAUCCAGCAGUGCGCAGUAAUUGAAAUGGCGCAUUUGGCCGCGGGCGGGUAAUGCGUGAUGGGACGCAUGAUGGGACACGUCAUUCGGCAGGGGGGGCGGGACCUGCGGGAUCUCACCUUCGUGCGCGCGCUGCCUCGGUGGGGUCGGGACUGUGACCUGGCCCCGGGGGGGUCUGCGGGGCCCCGGGUGCUCUUCUGUCGGCCCUCCUCUCUGCUCCUCCUCAGUCUCUCCGGGACCGCAGCCCUGCCGCCGGGACGGAGCUCUUUCUCACGCCGCCCUCCAUGUCCUCCGUGUCGGUCUCCUCUCAGGAGGGGCGGAGCUUGUCCAGGAUGUCUCUGAGCCACUCACCUGUGUCGCCCAUGACGGCCCAAGGUAUCCCGUCGCCCGCCCAGCUCACCAAGGCCAACGCCCCUGUCCACAUCGACGUGGGCGGGCACAUGUACACCAGCAGCCUGGCGACGCUCACCAAGUUCCCGGAGUCCAGCCCUCACACCCACACAAGUGUGUCUGAGUCAGGCCAGUACCAGCAGGACUUCCCCCAGCUGUACGAGGAGGCUCGGUACUACCAGCUGACUCCGAUGGUGCGCGAGCUGGAGCGCUGGCAGGCGGAGCGCGAGGCCCAGCGGACGGCGCCCUGCGAGUGUCUGGUGGUCCGCGUCACACCUGACCUGGGCGAGAGGAUCGCGCUGAGCGGCGAGAAGGUCCUCAUCGAGGAAAUCUUCCCCGAGACCGGAGACGUGAUGUGCAACUCGGUGAACGCCGGCUGGAACCAGGACCCGACCCACGUCAUCCGUUUCCCUCUUAACGGGUACCUGAGGCUCAACUCUGUGCAGGUCCUCGAGCGCCUCUUCCUGAAGGGCUUCGAAAUCAAGGCGUCCUGCGGCGGCGGCGUCGACUCGUCCCAGUUCAGCGAGUACGUGCUGUGUCGCGACCUGCAGCACAGCCAGUCCGUCACCAGCACGCCAAUCCGGAUUAAGCAAGAGCCUCUGGACUAAAGAGCAGCGGUGACCGUGUCACCUGAGCACGCCGAGCACACCUGGCGCAGAGGCCUCAGGAGGCGGGGCUUGGCUGCCGUGUACAUAACGUUUUUUCUAGGUGUCGUUACAUUUUUAUAACGUGCUGUUUGUAUAUUUAACGUCUUUGUAGCUCAGCUGUCUCAUAAAAGAAACCACACAAA